CAAAUUUUGACCCCGCACGUGGAGCCCAGUCCCUCUUCAGUCGAUUCAAAAACCUUUCGCACACAUGAGAAUACACAUAUAUGAUAUACCCGUUACAUUGACACCCACUGGUCCAUUAUUCAAUUGACUUGCUUCUUCUUCUCUCUCGCUUUCGCUCUCGAUUAACGGAGACGAUGGGUUUCCGGUAUAAGUUUCCGCCACCGCUGCCGCCGCCUUCUUCAAUUUCAUUUUCGAAAUUCAUCAUCUUCUUCCUCUGCAUCAUCAUGUUCCAGAAAUCCAACGCUCAAACUCCGCGAACUGUUCCUUCCGAAGUGAGAGCUUUGAAUUCGAUAUUUGAUCAAUGGGAUGUUCGAAUCCCGAACAACGAAUGGAACAUCAGCGGAGAACCAUGCAGCGGAACAGCGCUCGGACCAGAUUUCGACAAGGAAAACGGCGUCGCACAAAUCGAAUGCAAUUGCACCUUCGACAGCAACACCACUUGCCAUAUUACCAAAUUGAAAGUCAGUAAACUUAGCAGGCAAGGGGUUAUUCCUGUUGAACUUACUGCUCUACCUUAUCUUACUCAAUUGAAAAUUGAUCAGAACAACUUCACUGGUCCCUUGCCUACAUUCCUUGGAAAUUUUUCAUCAAUGGUGGUCUUGUCACUUUCCCACAAUCAAUUCUCUGGUACAAUACCCAAGGAGAUUGGAAAUCUUAAAGAACUAGAUUUACUGGCAAUUAGUUCCAAUAACUUUUCAGGCAGUCUUCCCCCUGAACUUGGAAACCUAGUCAAAAUGCAGGGCCUUUAUAUGGACAGUUGUGGUUGUGGUGGUGAAAUUCCCUCCACAUUUGCCAACCUCCGAGAAUUACGUCACAUGUGGGCAUCAGAUAGUCCUUUUUCUGGAAAGAUACCUGAUUUUAUAGGAAACUGGACAAAAUUAUUGAGACUGAGACUUCAAGGGAAUAACUUUGAAGGUCCUAUACCAGCUACCUUUUCAAAUUUGACCUCGUUGACCUCUUUGCGAAUAAGUGGUUUACAGAAUGUCAGUUCAUCUCUCAACUUUAUCACCAACUUGAGGAACCUAUCUGACUUAAUUAUAAGAAACGCAUUAGUUUCAGGUCGUAUUCCAACAGACAUUAAUCGAUUGCAAAACCUAAAAACACUGGAUUUAAGUUUCAACAAUUUAAGUGGCCCUCUACCACGAACAUUAAUGAAUAUGAGUGCCCUCACUUCCUUGUUUCUUGGAAACAAUAGCUUAUCUGGUUCUCUUCUUCCUGACAAAAGCCCAAAUCUUCAAAAUAUAGACUUGUCUUACAAUGAACUAUCUGGAACUUUUCCUCAAUGGGCACUUCCAUCAUGGGCCAUGCGUGAUCUGCAAUUGAAUUUGGUGGCAAAUAACUUUAAAUUUGAUAGCACAAACAUAAGUAUUUUCCCAGGAUUAGUUUGUCUUCAGCGAGACUUUCCUUGCAACAGGAACACAACAACACCUUACACCAGCUUUGCAAUCAAGUGUGGUGGAUCAGGAGUAAGGUCAAAUGACAUAGAAUUCGAUACAGAAAACUCCACAACCCUGGGACCCGCGUCCUACUAUUUAUUUCAAGAAAAAUGGGCUGUGAGCAAUGGGGGUAUUGUAAUUGACAGAAUUAACAAUGACCCUUCAUUCAUACAAACCACAUCAAUCAAAGUCAACAACACAAGAUACCCUGAGCUUUUCACAACUUCAAGAAAAUCUCCAGGGUCUCUUAGAUACUAUGGUUUAGGCCUUCAAAAUGGUCCUUACACCAUAACCCUUUUCUUUGCUGAAACUGUCUUCAAUUUAACCACCAGUGUCUGGAAAGGUCACCCCAGGCGACUCUUUGAUAUUUACAUCCAGGGACAACGUGAACAAAGGGAUUUUGAUAUAUCAAAGGAAGCAGGUGGUGCUGGAAUAGCUCUAGAAAAACAUUAUGAUGUUUCAGUGACACAAAAUCAUAUUGAAAUCCAUCUUUUUUGGGCUGGAAAAGGGACUUGCUGUAUACCUGAAGAGGGAGAUUAUGGUCCUAUAAUUUCUGCCAUCAGAGUUACACCUGGUUUCAAAGUGAAGGGUAAUUCUUCAAAUAAAACUGGAAUGAUAAUUGGUAUCAUAGCUGGUGUGGGAUCUGUCUCCCUUGUUUUCUUAAUUUUUGGUUUAUUAUACUUGAAAAGGAGAAGGUCAAAAGAUAGGGAAGAAGAAGAAAUUCUUGGCAUGGGACCAAAAAUAAAUACAUAUACGUAUGCAGAACUAAAAACUGCAACCUCGGAUUUCAGUAGUUCAAAUUUGCUUGGAGAGGGUGGUUUUGGACCUGUUUACAAGGGGAUAUUAAGUGAUGGAAAGAUAGUAGCUGUGAAGCAACUCUCAGUAGCAUCCCACCAUGGAAGGACUCAAUUUAUAACUGAAAUUUCCACCAUUUCAUCUGUCCAACAUUGGAACCUUGUUAAGUUACAUGGUUGUUGUAUUGAAGGAGCUAGAAGGCUUCUUGUUUAUGAGUAUCUUGAGAACAACAGCCUUGAUCAAGCACUCUUUGGUAAAAGGAAUGUGCAUAUCGAUUGGGCAACACGCUUUAAUAUAUGCUUAGGAACAGCAAAAGGUUUGGCUUAUCUUCAUGAAGAAUCAAGGCCAAGAAUUGUGCAUCGUGAUGUGAAAGCAAGUAACAUCUUACUUGAUGGAGAAUUAUGCCCCAAAAUUUCUGAUUUCGGAUUAGCAAAAUUAUACGAUGAUAAAAGAACCCAUAUGAGUACUCGCGUCGCUGGAACCAUUGGGUAUCUUGCACCGGAGUACGCAAUGCGUGGGCAUUUAACAUCGAAAGCUGAUGUUUUUGGGUUUGGAGUUGUGUGUCUUGAGAUUGUGAGUGGGAGGCCCAAUUAUGAGGAUAAACUCGAUUCCGAACAAAAGUAUCUUCUCCAAUGGGCAUGGAGUCUAUACGAAAGCAACAGAAGCCUAGAGCUUGUGGACCCAUCUUUAACCUCUUUUGAUGAGCAAGAAGCUACACGUAUGAUAGGAAUAGCUCUCAUGUGUGUUCAAGCAUCACCUUCUUUAAGACCCGCUAUGUCACGUGUCAUUGCAAUGCUUUCAGGGGACAUUGAGAUAAGUCAAGUCACUACAAAACCAAGUUAUUUAACCGAUUGGGAUUUCAAUGAUAACACCAACACUUUCUAUGAUGAAGAAACUCCUUCUUUGUCAUUUGAAAAUACCACCAUCACUACAAAUACAACCACAACGGGGAUAGACUCAAUGUCAUCACCUGUAAUAUCUGAACUAAUCAACAAUGGGAGUCUUCGUGAAGGAAGGUGACGUAUUUUCAGACGCCAGAAACUUGUACAUUCUAUAAUUAAGUUUCUAUUUUAUUUUUCGAAUGUGUUGUAAUUAAUAGAGUGUGGUGAAGAAGGAAGUGAUU